UACACCCACAGACAGCCCAAAUGCCGUCAUUGAUGGGUAAAUCCAAGUGAACUUUCGGUUUGCCAAAUCAAAGCAAAGGCGCGUUAUCUACUGUCUGCCAUCCAGCCUUCUCGCUCUGCAAUUCCUGUAUAUGUAAACUGUGUCAAUCGAUGCUUGACACUACAGCGAAAUGGCCCAUCUCUUGAUGAGUUAGAGAGGGAGUGAAUUGGGUUUGACCCUACUUUGAACAGUAUCCAUUGUCAGCCGACAAGCAGGUGUUGUGGCCACAAUGUCUGACAACAUGAGUGCCUCUGUAGCAAGCUACCUCAGCCUUGGGAGAGACCCGCUAUCCCAGCUCAGUUCUUUGGUGACGCGUACAGUGGAGGGGGGAUUUGAAUUGACCAGCCUAUCUCAUGAUGAGCAGUUUAGCUCGCUCACAUCAGAUGAUGACCUCAUUAUUCUUGAUGAAGAGGAUGACCUGGAUGAUCAGCAACAGCUGACGAUUGAAAGGGCGUCGAUAAACGCCUCAGUUUGCACAGACUCGGUACAACCAUUGUUGUCUUCUGUAACUGCAUCUGUCAGAAAUGUGGGCAACAAAAACGACACAGUACAAACCAGUCAUCCGAUACCUCUUUCACCAAUACAACAGCAAUAUCUCCAAGACAGAGACACAGCCAGGCAAACUCUGUGUUAUCAACUGGAAACGAAAGGGUUCAAGGCAACAUUUCGUUUUCAACAACGUGAGGUUGACAUUGAGUCCCGAAGAGAAAAGAAACACAAAGAAGCUCUGGAUGUCAUUGCCAGCUCGGUCGUAGAGAUGGAACUAAAUUUCAGCAGUGGUGAAUUGGAACAGAUGUCUCAAGUGGCUGGUAUCCCGGAUGGGGAGGUCAUUCUGCCACAGUUGUCCAGUGAUCAGGACGUGCUUGCCGUAAUUGAUAAGACCAACGGAAGUAUGAAGCUUGUUGGUAUGGCAGACACCAUCAAGGCACUGAAAGAAACCAUUAAUAAAUCACAGGAACUGUUGGACACCAGACACAAGAACCAAGAAGAACAAGGUUCACAAAGCACAUCUGCAUCAAUCCCAGGAGAUACUGAACAACGCGGCGCAUCUGCUCAAGUACAGGCAUCGCUGUACCCAAGUAUAUCCAACCAUCCAUGGGAAGAAAACCCAGCUAUUGACAUUGCUCCGAUUACUAACUUCGUGCGCGUUGAUGACGACAGUCUGGAUUAUUUAUGCCAGUACAAGGGGAAUGAGAUGCGGAUGAUUGGAGAGGAGGAGGGUGUGGCCAUCUGUGAAACCGCACACGGGUACGAGGUUAAAGGUCCUGCUGCAGCCAAUCAAAGAGCCGUCAUCAAAUUGCGUAAUCAUGUUGAAGGAGUGAAAUGCAACAAGUUUACUUUUGAAACUGCAGUCAACAUGGGGAAUUUUGCUGAAGCCACUGGGAACGCCAGCAAGAACCAUAACUGUAUUAUUGGGUACAAACAGACGAUUGGUACAACCAGAGGCAGGGCGAGACAACAGCCCCCAGUACUGGAAUCUUCCACCACAGGAAAACAAAAAGCCAAAGUUACCGUGGUCCUGAAUAGGAUAGAGAAUCAGAAUGCGAAUGUGAUUGUGAAUACCACAAACAAGGAGCUGAAGUUAAGUGAAGGACGGGGUGUGUCCUAUAGCCUGGUACAGGAGGCAGGGGAGGACAUCCAGCAGGUUCUGACGGACAUCUACCCUCACGGAAUGACCUAUGGUGACCUGGCAGUGAGCCACUGUGGACGUCUCACAAAUUGUGAGAAGAUCUACCAUGGCGCCCUUCCAUAUCACACCGGAAACACUGAGACUAUGGCCCUCUUCAAGUGUUACGAGUGGCUGGUGUCUCUGGUGUUCCGAUGUCUCAUCCAGGCCUGCAAGGAUGGAUUUCAGACAAUUGCUCUGCCAGCAUUCGGCACAGGAGCCCUACAGUAUCCUACCAAGAACGUUGUACAACUCAUGUAUCAUGCCAUUGAUCUGUUCACCCAAGACGAAAGAGCGGGAUCUCUGAAAGAGAUUUUCAUAGUUAUCUCCCGUGAAUCAAGACUGGAAGUGAAACAGCUGUUUCUUGCGCAUCGUCUCUCCCAUAAGCUCAAGACAAGGCACUUGGCUAACCCCAGAGGACAAACAUCUUACUUAUCACACAUGUUUCGAUUGUGGUUUGGCACGGGACAGGAUUUCGGUUUACCUGCCUAUUUAUCACAAGAGAUACAGAACUCGCCCAAAUGUGAGGUUAGGAUCAUGGUCGCCGACACGCUUGUCCAGGCCAUCAACGGAGGUGUUGUGGAGGCGUGUGAUGUCACAGGCGCAGUGCUCUUGAUCUGGAGAAUGGAAGAUAUUACGAAUCCAAACGACCAUGCAGGCCUUACAUGUAUAAACCGUGACAGACACGACUGGGACUGCUGUAGAGAACACGUAGCGGAUUUAAAGAGGACUAGUUGUGUGGCUGACACGACCACCGUGCCGGGGACGACCCUCAUCCACACCUACAGUCGCAGCGUCAGCGAGGCCAGUGUGAGUGAGGCAUUGCAGAGAGGGUUGCGUCUUGCUGCCAAGGAAGGGUGUUACCAUGUCACCGUACCGCUGCCUUCUGAAGGCAGCCUCGCGGCAAGACCGGAUCAGUCAGCUUCCGCCAUUGCUUCUGCCAUAAACCGGCGUCCCUGUGGGGUGUAUGUCGUAACAGUCAUCAUCCCCGAUAACGACAUCUAUGUCGGAAUAGUAACCAGAAUCGCCAGCUGUGGAAUAGUUCAGGAGCCCCCGGAUGUCGACAAGGUUUCCCUAGUUGAUUCCUUGUGGAAAGUUACGUUCUCCCGUCAGCAGAACCUUGCAGCGAUGCUUAACACAGCGGUGGAUGCCGUCAUGGUUGUCACGUCAGAUUCGGAGGAGACAAACAGGAACGCCGCCAGGGAUGUGGAGAGGGAGCUGCACGUGCAUCUGAAUGAUGUCGUGUACUCUCGCAGACAGUAGGGUAACCUGACUGUCUUCAGUUUACUCUCUCAGAAAAUAGGGCAACCUGACGCUCUUCAGUUUACUCUCGCAGACAGUAGGGCAACCUGAUGCUCUUCAGUUUACUAUUGCAGACAGUAGGGCAACCUGACGCUCUUCAGUUUACUCUCGCAGACAGUAGGGCAACCUGACGGACUUCAGUUUUACUGACCUUUCCAGACAAUAGGGCACCAUGCCUGUCCUCGGAUGACGCCUGAGAUUACUUUCGCAGACAGUUGGGCAACCUGACUGUUUUCAGUUUACCCUAAGAAUAACAUACCCGUUUUCGGAUGACAUUGCACCAAUGCAUUCAUGGCAUCAUUUAAUAAUAGCGAGGAAAUCAUGGAUGAGAAUUGAUGCUACACUAUGACUGUUUGCAGGUCGUACAGAGCAUCACUUUGUAGUAUUUGACGAUGCAUUCACGUGAUUUAAGUUAAGGCUGAUGCAUUGUGUUUCACACUCAUAUCUAUCUAUAUAAAUAUUGGUAAGUUAACAUUGUACAGCUACUGCUUGAUUGUGCCAAAAUUCCACACCCUGUCUUUCACACAUGGACGAUUUUCGACAAUUCUGUCAUAAAACAGUAUUAUUUUUAUAUGCUUGUUAUACACAUAUUAUGCGGAGUGUUAUCCAAUAUUUGUACUCUAAAGUAUUUUGGAGCAAGGAAUCUGAAGAGACACAUUCCGGAAAUAAGUUUCAGAAAACUUAAUUCCACUUUUUGAUGCUUCCUGGUCACAAUGUCUGCCACUUAUAUCUACUUGUCAUAUACAUGUACAUACCGUACAUUAUGCCUACCUUCAUAGAACAUAUGUGAGGAACGGAAAUAAACUAUUAUAUGCAUUAUAUAUAUCAUUAUUAUCAAGUAAUGUCUUUCCCAGUAAGCUUCUAUAGGCGUUGAGGGGACACAGGUGGCCCAGUUGUCUAAGGCGCCGCGAUUCGCUGUGCAGAGUUGCGUCCCUUGAUUGUGGGUUCGAAUCCCGGUUCGCCCCAAAUAUGUUUCUAAGUUUGCAAGCACCAUAUCCGUGCUCGUGGGUUUCACCGAAGUGGUAAACGUCCGAGACCUGCAUCACUUCGGGCUUUCCUCCCAAAUUAAGCUGACACAUCGUGAUAUAACUGCAAUAAUGUUAAAAGCGAUAUUAAUUAAACCCAACUCACUCACUCACUCAAUAGACGUUGAACGCAGUUAUUUUCUUAAGGUUAGAUAAGGGGUACAAGUUUUUAGAUCAAUGGUCAUAAAGUCUGUGGAAUCUUACAGACCUUUUCCAAAUUGGAAAAUGUUUAGUUUAGUCUGUUCGGUGUUGUCACCGUUUGACACGACCCCUCGUUCCUCGUCGGACUCUUUACACCAUAUGGAAGAUUUACAAACAUUUACAAACAUUUACAAACAUUUAAUGUACCAUGCUAUACCUUUUAACAUUUUAAGUGUAUUUCAAAGAAUUUUAUGUGGAUAUACAGAUUGCAGUCCAUCAUAUUAUGGAAUAAUAUGCAUUUCAUUAAUCGUACAAAUGUUAAUUUUGCAAGAACAUCUGAGAGAUAUGCAGUUACUUCAUGGUAUGCCUUUACCUUUGUUUUGAAGUGUUUUAGAUCACUUGACAUCCCGUCAACGCAUAUCUGUACGGUUAUAUUUUAAUUCUAUUUGUUACGAUUUACCCAUGCAGAGAUAGGGCAAGACGAAACAACUGGUCGACCAUUGACCAUGUCCACUCAGACGUGUACAUGCUUGAAUGCUUUGAUUCCUGUUGUAUCAAGUCAGAAUGAUCUAUCAGUCUAUAGUACUGCAGCUUUGUAGAAGUUAGUAGAUAAAUAAAUGUUAUUGUGAAUCUU